CCCCACCCAGUCGUCGCCUGACGCUGUCGGAGCCGUGCGCCCACUCAGCUCAGCCCCUUCCCACUUCAACCCUGCUGGAUAUCCGUUUUCUUCUUUCCCUACCAAGGCUUUCCGCCAUCUAACCCCAUUAUCGAAAUGAAUGAAGAAUACGACGUGAUCGUCCUCGGCACCGGAUUGACGGAAUGUAUCUUAUCUGGAAUCAUGUCGGUGAAGAAGAAGAAGGUGCUGCACAUGGACCGCAACUCUUACUACGGAGCUGAGAGUGCCUCCAUCACGCCUUUGGGUGAUCUUUACGCACGCUUCAACCUUCCGGGCAAACCUCCUGAGUCCAUGGGAAGCGGUCGGGAUUGGAACGUGGACCUGGUCCCUAAAUUCCUGAUGGCCAAUGGUCAACUGGUCCGCAUGCUGCUGAUCACCCAGGUGACCCGCUACCUGGAUUUCAAGGUGAUCGAGGGCAGCUUUGUGUACAAGGGCGGCAAAAUCUACAAAGUGCCCUCCACCGAGACCGAGGCUCUGACCUCCAGUCUGAUGGGCUUGUUUGUGAAACGGCGCUUCAAGAAAUUCCUGGUCUACGUGGCCAACUUUGACGAAAACGACCCCAAAACCUGGGAGGGCGUCGACCCCCACAAGACCACCAUGAAGGCUGUUUUUGAGAAAUUCGCCUUAGGCGACGAGGUCAUCGACUUCACCGGCCACUCCCUCGCUCUCUACCGCACAGAUGAUUACCUGAAUGAGCCUUGCCUUGAAACAAUAAACAGAAUAAAGCUUUACAGCGAGUCCCUCGCCAGAUACGGCAAGAGCCCCUACCUCUACCCACUGUACGGCUUGGGAGAACUGCCACAAGGCUUUGCCAGGCUGAGCGCCAUCUACGGUGGGACGUACAUGUUAAAAAAGCCCAUUGAGGAGAUCGUGAUGGAGAACGGGAAGGUGGUUGGAGUCAAGUCGGAGGGGGAGUUUGCCAGGUGCAAGCAGCUGAUUUGCGACCCCAGCUACUUUAUGAACCGGGCCGUAAAAGUGGGCCAGGUGAUCAGGGCCAUCUGCAUCCUGAGCCACCCCAUCGCUAACACGGGCGACGUCAACUCUUGCCAGAUCAUCAUCCCCCAGAACCAGGUCAACAGGAAGCACGACAUCUACGUUUGUAUGAUCUCCGCCGCUCACAACGUGGCGCAUGCCGGCAAAUACAUCGCCAUCGCCAGCACCACGGCGGAAACCAACGACCCCGAGAAAGAGAUCAAGCCCGCUCUGGACCUGCUGGAACCCAUCGAGCAGAAGUUUGUCAGCAUCACUGACCAGUACGCUCCAACUGACGACGGCACCGAGAGCCAGGUCUUCAUCUCCCGUUCAUACGAUGCCACCACCCACUUCGAGACCACCUGCGACGACAUCAAGGACAUCUACCGGAGGAUGACGGGCUCGGAGUUUGACUUUGCCGAGAUGGAGCGCGGGAAAAAGGACAUCUACGGGGACGCCGCCGAGUAGAGACCGGCGCCGCCGCUGCUGGUGCAACACACUCCUCAAUAUCAAAGACGAACGCUGCCCAUAAUUGAAAUCUCACAUUGUAUAGAAAGAAUACCUUCUAAAAAAAAAAUAAAAAAUUACGCGUCGCAGGAAUAUGUGGCGGUCCGGUGGGAAGUUGAUCGUCUAGAAUUAUGACAUAGUAAUACUGAAUUAAGUGCAGGGAGGGAUCUAUGCUUUAUUUUCCUCAUUUAUAAUCAGUCUCAGUUAACAGAUGGCCUAAACAGUGAUUUCUGGUUUUCGGAUGAUAUUUUGUGUUAUGAUAUAAAAAAAAAAACAUGCAGAGUCCAAAGAUGCCAAAUUAAGAUCAGUACAUCAUAUUUGUUGGCAGGGGGAUUGACUUGUUCUGUCUUGAAUUGUAUUUGAUUUCAGGUAUUUCGUAACAUCAGGUUGGAUCGGUUGUUAAAACAAAUAGUUGCGGCAACAAUGGUUUUAAGGUUUGGUGUUAUCUAUUCCCCACGCCGGCCAUGUACUAUCGUAAACCAUAAAACUACCUGGACCUGUGCUCAACAGCUUGUAAGAUGUAAUAGUAUUCCUGUUUUUGUGCAAAGUGAAGCAAGAGAAACCGCUUAAGAAGGACCAAAUGUGUACUGCGGCAGUGUUUUGAAUUGAGAAAUCUGUAAUGCGUCAUCUUCUGUUUGUAACAACAACAAAACGAGCAACUUGGGCUCCACUGAUUUCUGUACCGCAAAGUAAAAAAAAGAAAAGUUUGGCAAAAAUA